AUGGCCGCCCACCAACGUACUACGUCACCCCGUACUGUGACACCAAGCGCUGGAAGCAGGACAAUACAGAUCCGUCCUCAGCCCGUCUUGCGCCUGUCUGCUCCAUCAGGCGUGCUCCGUCUGCGAGCAGAGCCUACCGAGCGACGACACAUUCAGUGGGCAGAGGACGUGGUGGACAACGAAGGCAUGGGCAAGAAGUCGUCCAAAGUCUGUUGCAUCUAUCACAAACCUCGCGCUGUGGAUGAGUCUUCUGACGACGACUCUUCGGAUUCCUCUUCAUCGGACUCGGACUCAGACUCCGAACCUGACAACAGUACCGCCAGGCCCGCCGGCAGGAUUGGUGCCGCGCGGGGAAGGCGGCUACACCAGCACGACCACGACGGAUGCGCAGAAAAUCACGGAUGUAAUGAGGGCUCGGACCAGCCACAAAAAACAAAGAGGCAGCGGAGGAAGCCUAGCCCGAAUGCUUACGAGAAGAUGCCGAAGCAGAAGAAGUAG